AUGGAGAAAUAUUUCUACUCCAUCAGGAAAGACACGGUCACAUGCGAGUUGACCGUGAUCCACGGAGGCUUGGUGCAACUCUACCCCAUGGUCAUUCAAGUGACCGGCAAGAAAGCCGUCCCACAUUAUUCCUCCUGUGGGGGCCACUGCGGCCUGGGGGGCAGAGGGAGACCCAAGGAUGCCACUGACAGGUGUUGCCAGAGGCACGACUGCUGCUACCACCAGCUGCAGAAACGGGGCUGCCAUCCCCAAAUCACCUGCUACCCCUACAGUUACCGCUGGGGGGAGAUCCAGUGUGGCAGCAGUGCCAACUGGGGCCAACAGGAGAGCUGCAGCUGUGACCGGGCGCUGGUGCUGUGUGUAAAGCAAAAUGUAGGCCGGUACCAGAAGACAUACACCUUCUACCCAAACCUCCUGUGCAGGGGACCAGCUCCCCACUGCUGA